AUGUGUAACAGAUCUACAACUAUAGAUGAAAUUGUUAAAGAUCGUAUUAGUAUACGACUAAUUGAAACCAAGUGGGUCGAUGAAGUAAAAAACUUAAUUUACUUGGCACUUCAAAAACGAAAUGAAAGGGGUCAAGAUUUAACUACUGUUAAAUUUGAAGAAUUGUAUAAUGUGUCACCAAUGGAAAUGGAAAAUAAGUUGCAUGAAAAAAUUAAUGACUUUCUAUCAUCAAAUAUUGAUGGAAGUGAUAACCAUUAUACCAUGAAUUUAUCAGAGUCUAAUUCUCCUUGUGCAGUAAAUGUUGAUAUUAAUGAUACUCCUUCUGAUGAUGUUUCUACUAAUGAAAACACAAAAGUCCGUUAA